GAUGACAGCGGCGGUGGCAGCGGCUGCAGAGCGGGGCUGAGCGAGCGGCUAGCGAGCAGGGGGAAGAGGAGGAAGUGGAGCCGCGGCGUGGAGCUCGGGAGUCAGCCGCCGCGCCGAGGUCCGCCCCGUUUUGCCGUGGGAGCCGAGUCCGGACCCGAGAAGACUUCCCCGCAGGGCUCUGGCCGCCGCGACUCCCUGCUGGCUUCUGCCCUGCCCUACCCCUUCCCAGCUCCGGGUUCCGCUCCUGGACACUCCCAGCCCUGCGGUCUGGGGUGUGCGGCCGGAACGCCCCAAGCCCCAGCCCUGAUCUGGUGCACCGGGACAGGACGCUCCUGGCCCCACCAUAUGGGUCCGUCCUUGCGGGUUCGUUACCAGCCUUUCUAUCAGUGAGUGUCGGAGCUCGCCGCCCUCCGCCCUGAGGUUAGCGCAAGGUGGCCCCAGGCCCUCUACUUGGGCUCAAAGGAGCCCAGACACCCCCAGUCUCUGGCUGCACCAGACCUGAACCUUCAGUUGCCUCUGACCCAGUGCUUCGGACUUGGAACCGUGUGAGCGCCCGGGAAGCCCCGGCCCGGGUCCAGCGCUCUGUAAGGGAUCCCAGGCGGGCAAGACAGUCGGACUGAACCACUGGGCUAGUGCUGCGAACGCAAGCUACCACCUUCCUCUUGCCCCAGGCGAGGGGCUCAAGUCUUGCCCCGAAGAGAACACAAGGGCCCGCCUCUGCCCCGGCAGAGCGGACAGAGCGAAAGCCGAGGCUGCAGCUCUCCCAGUGAAGUGACAUCACUGCCUCUGUGGACAGGACACCCCAGGAGCCCGGCUCACAGCCACUGGUACCUUCUUCCAGGACCAGCCAGGGGCCUCCAUGGGCGCCUGAGGGCCAGGUGCCAGGGCGGCGGGCACGAGCAUGGUGAGACACCAGCCCCUACAGUACUACGAGCCCCAGCUGUGCCUCUCCUGCCUCACGGGCAUCUAUGGCUGCCGCUGGAAGCGGUACCAGCGUUCCCACGAUGACACCACGCCGUGGGAGCGCCUCUGGUUCCUGCUCCUCACCUUCACCUUUGGCCUCACGCUCACCUGGCUCUACUUCUGGUGGGAAGUCCACAAUGACUAUGAUGAAUUCAACUGGUACCUCUACAACCGCAUGGGCUACUGGAGUGACUGGCCUGUGCCCAUCCUUGUGACCACAGCUACUGCCUUCACAUACAUUGCUGGCCUCCUGGUGCUGGCACUAUGUCACAUUGCCGUGGGACAGCAGAUGAACCUGCACUGGCUGCACAAGAUAGGGCUGGUGGUCAUCCUGGCCUCAACAGUCGUGGCCAUGUCAGCUGUGGCUCAGCUGUGGGAGGACGAGUGGGAGGUGCUGCUGAUCUCCCUGCAGGGCACAGCCCCGUUCCUGCAUGUGGGGGCCCUGGCUGCAGUCACUAUGCUCUCCUGGAUUGUGGCAGGACAGUUCGCCCGUGCAGAGAGGUCCUCUUCCCAGGUGACUAUUCUCUGUACCUUCUUCACCGUGGUGUUUGCCCUCUACCUGGUGCCUCUCACCAUCUCCUCUCCUUGCAUCAUGGAGAAAAAGGACCUAGGCCCCAAGCCUGCCCUCAUUGGCCACCGCGGGGCCCCCAUGCUGGCUCCAGAGCACACACUCAUGUCAUUCCGGAAGGCCCUAGAGCAGAAACUGUAUGGACUCCAGGCUGACAUUACUAUCAGCCUGGAUGGUGUACCCUUCCUCAUGCACGAUGCCACCCUGCGCCGUACCACCAACGUGGAAGAGGAGUUCCCGGAACUGGCCCGCAGGCCUGCCUCCAUGCUCAACUGGACCACCCUGCAGAGGCUUAAUGCUGGCCAGUGGUUCCUGAAGACUGACCCUUUCUGGACGGCCAGCUCCCUGUCACCCUCCGACCAUAAGGAGGCCCAGAACCAGUCCAUCUGCAGCCUGGCGGAGCUCCUGGAGUUGGCCAAGGGCAAUGCCACACUGUUGCUCAACCUGCGAGACCCACCCCGGGAGCACCCCUACCGCAGCAGCUUCCUCAAUGUCACCCUGGAAGCUGUGCUGCGCUCUGGCUUCCCCCAGCACCAGGUCAUGUGGCUGCCUAACAGGCAGAGGCCCCUCGUGCGAAAAGUGGCUCCUGGUUUCCAGCAGACUUCAGGCUCCAAGGAGACUGUCACCAGCCUGCGCAAAGGCCACAUCCAGUGGCUGAACCUGCGCUAUACUCAGGUGUCCGGCCAGGAGCUCAGGGACUAUGCAUCCUGGAACUUAAGUGUGAACCUCUACACAGUCAAUGCACCGUGGCUCUUCUCCCUGCUGUGGUGUGCGAGGGUCCCAUCCGUCACGUCUGACAACUCCCAUACCCUGUCCCAGGUGCCUUCCCCACUCUGGAUCAUGGCCCCGGACGAGUACUGUCUCAUGUGGGUCACCACCGACCUGAUCUCCUUCACUCUCAUCGUUGGCAUCUUCGUGUUCCAGAAGUGGCGCCUGGGUGGCAUACGGAGCUACAACCCUGAGCAGAUCAUGCUGAGCGCCGCAGUGCGCCGGGCCAGCCGGGACGUCAGCAUCAUGAAGGAGAAGCUCAUCUUCUCAGAGAUCAGCGAUGGCGUGGAGGUCUCUGAUGAGCUCUCCGUAUGUUCAGACAACAGUUACGACACUUAUGGCAACAGCAGUACCACUCCUGUGGGUCCUCGAGGGGGUGGCAGCCGCACCAAGACUCUCACAGACCGGAGUGGGCGUUAGCUUAAGACCUGCCUGUCCCAACCUGUACCUAACAUAGAAACCGGGAACCCAGGAGAGCUGGCAGAAGCGUGUCUGGACUCGGAGCAUUAUCGGAGCUGGCUGCACGGCAGCCUUGUGGGCUCAAGCACCUUGUCAGCCAUGGCCUCUCUUGGAUGGGGGUCCCCUCUCACCUGAGGCCUACCUGGGCCAGGACUCUUGCCUCUCAGACACCCCAGCAGGCCUGGGGCUCCUUCUGGGAAGUGUGGGGCCUGAGGUCUGGCCCCUCUCCAGCGGCCCUCCCUAGCAUCUGGACCUGGAAGUUUUGAUGGGUUACUGGGCCAUGCCUGCCCCCAGUAGCCAUGGAGAAGGUGGAUGCCCACAUGUGUCCGUCCUCCUGUCUAUCCACGACUGACCUCUCUAUUGUUAUCCUGCCCCAAGAGCUUGGACUGGGCCUCUACCUGAAGCAGCUCUACUCUUCCCAUAGUCUCAAAGCACAAGGAGGUUCGGCCCAGGAGGAAAGCCAGAUGAGGUGGUGGAGACACAUCCUCUGCCUGAUCAGCCUCUCACCACUGCUGGCCCCCUGUCCUAGGAGAGGACCCCAGCCAUGUCCUCUAGGAGCAGCUAGACCUGGCCAGAAGUGCAAGUUUAGGGCUGCUCGAUCUCAUGCCUAAGUGUCCAGUAGGCCUCUGGGGCAUUUCGGAGAUCCACAGACUGCUGCAACCUCAGGUUCCCACAUCUGUGGCCACAGGGAAGGAGCCAUGUGGGCAUAGUCAAGGGUGGGUGUAUACCCCUGCUGUAUACCCUAAGGGCCUUGGCCACAAUGAUUAAAGCUGCCAUCUUGA